UAAGGACCCGUUGUGGUGACAUUAACAGGUGAAUAUGGCUGAAGCUGUUGUUGAAGAUCAGGAUCCUUUUCGUUGUUCUAUUUGUUUGGAGCCUCUGAAGGAUCCUGUCACCAUUCCAUGUGGACACAACUAUUGCAUGAAAUGCAUAAGUGAAUGCUGGGAUCAAGAGAGUCAGAAGGGUGAGUUGUUCAGCUGCCCUCAAUGCAGGGAGACGUUUAGCCCACGGCCUGUCUUGAAGAAAAACACCAUGCUGGCUGAGCUGGUGAACCAAAUGAGGAAGAGCAGUGGGUCUCCGAUUGCUUCUCUUCCUCCUCCUCUUGCUCCGUGCGCUGAACCAGGGGAUGUGGAAUGUGACUUCUGCCAUGAGAAAAAGCUCAAAGCUGUCAAGUCCUGUCUGGUGUGUCUGCUCUCUCUUUGCCAGACACACGUUAAGCCUCACUACAACGUCCCAGCCUUGAAGAGCCACAAACUGGUGCAGGCGUCCAGACAUCUACAACAGAAGAUCUGCUCUCAGCACGACAGGCUAAUCGAGGUGUUUUGUCGUACUGAUCAGAAGUGUAUCUGCAUGUUGUGCAUCAUGGAUGAACAUAAAGGCCACGACACAGUUUCAGCUGCAGCAGAACGGAAGGAAGAAGAGACAGAGUUGGGGAAGAAAAGGACAGAAUUCCUGCAGAGAAUUCUGAAGAGAGAGAAGGAACUGCAGGAGAUCCAGGAGGCUGUGGCAUCAUAUCAGCGUGCUGCCCAAAAGGCAGAGCGGCACAGUGAGAAGAUCUUCAAGGAGCUUCUGGAGACUGUUGAGAGGAGACGCUCUGAGGUGAAAGAGCUGAUCAGAGCUCAACAGAAGGCAGCAGUGAAAGAUGCUGAAGAUGUUUUGGAGAAACUGGAGCAGGAGCUGGCUGAGUUGAGGAGGGGACAUGCUGAGUUGGAGAAGCUCUCACUUGAGGAAGAUCACGUCCAUUUCCUCCAGAGUUUUCAGGUCCUGAAGUCGCCUGAAUCAAGAUCCUCUCCCAGCAUCAGUCUCAGUCCACGCAUGUCAUUUAAUGACCUGAGUAAAUAUCUGUUUGUUUUGAAACGUAAAGUGGACGACCUCUGCAAACAGGACAUGAUAAAGAUAUCUGGAGAAGUGGCCAGUGUGGAGAUCGUCAUUCCACAGGAGCCAAAAAACAGAGAGGACUUUUUAAAGUACUCCUGGGAUCUAACAUUCAAUCCAAACACGGCACACCACCGGCUCACACUGUCUGAAGGGAACAAGAGGGUGACAAGUGGAGAAGAGCAGCGUUACCCAGAUCACCCAGAGAGAUUUAUAUCAUAUGCUCAGGUGCUGUGUGAACAGGGCUUUAGUAGACGUGUUUACUGGGAGGUUGAGCUGGAACAGAAGAAGGAUUCUGAGGUUGAAAUUGCAGUAUCUUACAAAAGCAGAACCAGCAGCCUAUGUAAUUUUCGAAAAGAUAGGAAUGCCUCGUGUCUGCUAUGUAAAGAUGGACAAUGCAGUUUCUGGCGCCUGGGUAAAGAAACUAAAAUCUCCAUAAUCCCCACCUCUAGAAUAGGAGUGUAUGUGGACUACAGGGCAGGAACUUUGUCCUUCUACAGUGUCUCUGACUCAGUGACCCUUUUACAUUCUGUUAAAAUAACAUUCACUGAACCCAUUUAUCCCGGGUUCUGGGUUAAUGUUGGUAGUUCACUAAAACUUUGCUCUUAACAUUCAGAACAUUCAGUCUAUACUUUCAGUUGGCUUGACCACAUGGCAACACAAAAUCACCAGACAAAUGAGACUCAUUGAACAAUAAGGUCAGGAUAUCAGGAGUCAGUCAUGCAAACCUGAGAGAUUUUGUGGAAUAAUAUUAAAAUGGAGCAUGCAAUGAGGUGGGAUGAAGUCCUUUU